GAAAAAGAUCUUAUCAAGGAUGGCUAACAUAUACAUAGCUUUUUAAGGUUUGCCAGGCAUUUUUAAAGAUAUUAUCUCACGAGUCAAACAACUUUGUCAGGUAGAUAUAGAUUAUCGUCAUCACGCCCCUCCCCCGCUGCGUUCUUAGUGCCCGGUCUCCUGGGAACUGUCGUUGUUGUGGUCCUUUGUCUCUAGAAGCUGAACUCCGACUGCUGGAUCAAAGAUAUUUAACUGAAAUGGAUAAGAAGAAGAAAAGACUUUCUUCUCAAAUUCGCCUUCGUCCCUUGGAGUCAGAUGCCAUACAAUUCGUGAGGAAAAAGAAAGUGUAUUUUGAAGAUACUGAAGAUCGAAAAAGAGAUGUUCUUUCACCACCACCUCCAUUGAAUCGUUUUCAAAAAGUUUCAGAUAUGUACCUCGACUUAAAGAAAAAAGCUACCGAGAAAGAGGAAACCAAGCCAAAAGUAAGGUUCCAUAAAACAGUGGGAAAAGACCUAAAUAAAGUGACCACAGAGUUUAGUCGACUGGCUCAAAUUGCAAAAACAGAUGCUGCACAAGAAGACACAGCUUUGAGUUCUCCAUUAAGUUCUAAGUCUGGGACAACUCCUAGCAUUUCAUUACAUGGAAUGGAAUUUUCAAGUUCUACAGACCUCCAGAUAACUGAGUAUACAGCUUCUGAAGACUCAUUGUUACAGAAAAAAAAGAAAACAUUGGCAGAUAAGGAAACAGAUUCUAUACCUGCUUAUUUGAGAAAAGAUUUUGCAAACCUUAUUCGAUAUGACCCAACAGUACCAAAGGAUGACAAUGCUUUAAGACAUAUUUUAAGACUGAGAGAAAAGCUCAAUUGGAAAACUGAAAUAAAGACACGUAAGCUGGAUGCAAGAAAAACUAGAGAGCGCUAUGUGAAGAUCAUACCUAUGGAAACAGAAGAUCUUCCAGAUGAUGGAGAAUAUAUAUAUGGACUGCUCAGAUAUAGGGAUGAUUGCAGAGCUCUUUAUAACCCAUAUGAGAUUCAAGUGGUUUCUGCAAAUGAUGCUAGAACCCGUCAAGAAUAUUGGGUUAUUACAGCUUCAUAUGUCUCAAAGGUUACUCGAAUAGAUAAGAAAGAAAAAGUAGAUAUGAUACCUGUCAUGGAAUGGCUUAUGGAAAGAAAUCACUUCAUUACAUUUCGUAAAUUUCCUUUCUUUAGCAAAUUCCGGAUAAGAAAAUCAUUUGACAUCUGGAAGAAGAAUGUUAAAAGAAAUAAAAGAGAGAAUAACAAAUUGAUAUUGAACAAGCACCUUUUUUUGGCUGAUAAGUUAUUUCAAGGAUGUUUGCUUCAAAUUCGGAACCUUUGUGAAGAUGCAACUGCCCUCCAAAAAGGAAAAGUCUUUGAGGAUAAUCCCUCUGCCAUUGUUCUGGUUAAGCUGGACCGAUCCCAUACAUACUCUCUAGAUGAAUUUUGUGAGGAGCAAUCACAUCAGACUCUUGUAGCAAAGGAAAAGUUGGAGAAACUUAAGGAAGAAAUCAUUUCAGUGCUUAAAAGUACAUUUUUAAAGGCUGCAGAAAAUAAAGGAUUAAAAAAUUAUUUUCUUCAUGAACCACUUACCUUCAAGAUAGAACAUUAUAAGGCACCUGCUCAUCGAUGUUUAAUAAAAACAUUUUCAAGAUUUCUUAAAUUAGUUGACAGCCUAUUUCAAGAAGUCAUCCGAAUCCUGGUACAGACUGCAGUCAAACUAUUUUUGGAUUUACUUAAUGGAUCUAAUAAAGUGAAAUAUUCAAGAGAGAAAAAGAAUAACUCCCUCAUAAUGGAAAGUAUGGAGACCAUUUUAGCCAAAAUGUCAACCAUAAAUAUUAAGGAACAAGUUCAAGAAGAAAAAGAAAGUAAGCCAGAGGAACCCGAGAUCAAAAUUUGUCAACAUGAUAUUACUGAGAUGUUUAAGUCUCUCAGAAUGAAAAAAGAUGCAAAGAAGCCAUAUGAGUCAACAUUUGAAGUACAUAUUCUUUUGAAAAUUCCUCAAAAAACUUUUUAUGAGAAGUCUGAAUCAACUGGAAGUUCUACAGAUUCCCUCUUUAGACAGGAUUUUUUUCAAUCCAAAACUUGGGGAUUUGGGGACGAAACACAAAUAGAUAGUAAAUUUGCUAGUUCCAACAAAUCAACUGAGUCACUGUUUUCCAAAAUUUCUGGAAAAAAAGCUAAAGUAAGAUACAUCCCUGAUGAAAAACAUACUGAAGGAAAACCGUCAUUAGACACAGAAGAUAACUCCGUACCAAAGAAUGAAGAAAUUCCAGAUUUCCAUGCAAAUCUUAUCCUAUCUCCCAACAGACUGGAACUAUCUAAGAAAAUUCAAGAUAUGAUAAAUAAUUUUGAAAAAUCAUUAACUCAUUUUAUUCCUUUCAGUCAAGAUCCUCGUCUGUUUAUCUUUUUCUUUGAACCUAUGACUAUGCAAAUACCUACUGAACAAGAAUUGGAGAAACUGAAAAAGCUGAUAAGAUGGCCAGAUUCCUAUGUACUUUUUGAAGUAGACCCUGCCUACCAAAGGAAUAUUGUGAGCAUUCUGACCAUUAUUGCUAAUUCAAUGGCACGAGUUGAAUUUUACAGCCACCAAUUUCUUCAAUUUUGUACCAUGGUAGAACAAGCAAAGUCUAUGGCAUAUAGAAUAAUACAAUUACAAGACCAAUUAACCUCCAAUGAUUUUAGUACCAUCUUGGAUAUAUACACGGAUUAUUAUAAAGAUGUUGUUUAUAUGUCUAUUGAGAAACGCAUUAAUAUUAUCAAGGUAGAGAGUCUUAAUUAUCAGUCAAGCUGCUUACCAUAUAUUGAAAAUGUCAUCAAAAUGAGCCAUUCAUUGUUGGAGUCCAUGAUUCAAGAAAAGAAUAUAAACCUUUUUACAAUUAUUCAAACAUCAUUGUCAAAGCUCGACAGUGAACUCUCCGGUGUGGAAGCAUUUGUGGAACAUUUGACUUUCUUAGAUUAUAUUUCUUCAAAAAUGCCUUUACUAGAUCGAGAGUAUAAUGUUAUCACCCAAAUGUAUUCAGUCACACAAUACUACAAUGUCAAGAUUUCACCAGAACAAAUUGCACUGCUUAAUGUCCUCCUUCAAAAAUAUAAUAAACUUAAAGCAGCUUUUAAGUUCCAUGAAACACAUAAGGAUACUGCUAUUAUUAGAUUCAAGUCAAAUUUAGAUGAGUAUAUGCUCCAUUUGCAGUCUGAAGUUAGAAACUUGAAGGUCAAGGUAAAAAACCCUGUUCUUGUGCAUCCUGCUACUCGGCCAGCAACUGCCUUGGAUAUUAUUGAGACACUCUCAGAGGAAGCUUCAACUUUAUCCAACAAAGCUCAUACUUAUUCAAAUUAUCAGGAUCGUUUUGAAAGUUCUGCUGCAGGGAAAAAUGUAACCAUGGAGCGGCAUGUUGCCCACUCUGUGAUUUCAGAGCUCUCAGAAAUUGAAUGUGACCUAACUUUGAGGAAAAUAUUAUGGGAAGCACAAGUGGAAUGGGGGAAUCUGUCUCUUGUGUGGAAGAAUAGCAUUUUUGGCAACGUUAAUGUAGAUAUAAUCCAGAAGAGUGUGGCAAGAUGGAUGCAUAUGAUUUAUAUGCUAGAAAAAGGUUUGCCAAAAAAUUCUAUGGUAAAAUCUCUUAAACAAUCAGUAAUGCAUUUUAGACAAGGCAUACCUACUAUUGUAGCUUUGGUAAAUCCUUGUCUUAAACCAAGGCACUGGACCUUAAUACAGAUGAUUGUUGGGCAGGAUUUUAUUUUGGAUACACAAUGUACAGUAGAGAAACUUCUAGAGCUUGAGUUGUUUCACUAUGAAGAAAGAAUAAUUGAAAUAUCAACAAUAGCAACAAAUGAAGCUGCUCUGGAAAAAAUGCUCUAUAAGAUAAUUGAGCUAUGGCACAACACUCCAUUACAUUUUUCUAUUUAUGAGACAGAAUCUGACAAGAUUCUUAUUCUUUCAUCCUUAGAGGAAACAUUAUCUCAGUUAGAAGAAUCUCAAGUUAUAAUUGCAACAAUUAAAGCAUCUCCCUAUCUUGGGACAUUGAAGAAUCUCACAGAUGACUGGGACCAGAAACUGGAUCUCUUCUCCCACACAUUGGAAGAAUGGAUGUUGUGUCAAAGAAAUUGGCUUUAUCUUGAACCCAUUUUUCUUGCUCAUGAAAUACAAAGGCAGCUUCCAGUAGAAGCAAAUCUUUUCAGUGAAGUGACUGCUAUGUGGAAAGAAAUGACAACAAGAGUGGAAAGUAAAACUGAGGCUUUGAAAAUAGUCAUAUCGGUAGUAGUCCUUGAACUGUUACAAGCUAGCAGUGCAAACCUUGAAAAAAUAAAGAAAAGUCUUGAGGAAUAUCUUGAAGUGAAGAGAGUGAUUUUCCCAAGAUUUUACUUUCUUAGCAAUGCUGAACUCCUUGACAUUCUGGCUGAAGGCAAAAAUCCUGAAGCAGUUCAGCCUCAUCUUAUGAAAUGUUUUGAGAACAUAAGACAGUUGUUUAUAUGGAGAAAAGAAAUAGGCCCUCCUCUGGUCACAUUGAUCAUUUCUUCAGAAGGGGAAACAAUUCUUUUGCCAAAGAAAGUUCGUGUGAGAACAGCUGUAGAGCAAUGGCUGGUAAAUGUGGAGAAGAACAUGUUUGAUAUGGUAAAGAUGUUUUUAAACAAAGGAAUUGAUCAAUAUAACCGAGAAAAUUUUAGCGAAUGGGUACAAUCUCAUCCAGGACAAGUGGUAAUUCUUGCGAGCCAAAUAAUGUUUUAUAACGACUGUAGAGACAGUUUUAACAGUUCUGAGCCAGCUGUGCAAUUGAAAAUUGUCUAUGAGAAUCUCCUAACUAUCCUAGACCGGGUUGCAGAACUAGUGAUUUCUGACACUCUUCAUUUUCGAAAAAAAAUCGUCCUAGAAGCAUUGCUUACCCGUUAUGUUUACUGCAGGGAUAUAUUGAGAGAAAUAAUACACAAUCAUAUCCUUAAAGAAGAUAACUUUGAAUGGACAAGGCAACUGCGUUAUAAAUGGGAUGAAAAAGAGAAGACGUGUUUUGUAGUUCAAGGAAAGGCAGUCUUUACUUAUGGCUUUGAAUAUUUGGGCUGUACCACCAGACUUGUUAUUACACCUCUCACAGAUAGAUGCAGAUUAACCCUUACUGGUGCACUCCACUUGAAUCUUGGAGGCUGCCCUGCUGGCCCAGCAGGCACAGGAAAAACAGAGACUGUCAAAGACCUGGCAAAAGCCUUGGGCAAACAUUGUGUGGUAUUCAACUGUUUUGAAAAUUUGGAUUAUAAGAUGAUGGGAAAAUUCUUCUUUGGAAUAGUUCAGUCAGGAGCAUGGUGUUGUUUUGAUGAAUUUAAUCGAAUUGAUGUGGAAGUACUCUCUGUGAUAGCCUCACAGAUUCAAGCAAUUAAAUCAGCUAAAGAUAAUCAUUCCAGCAGGUUUGUACUAGAAGGAAAAGAUAUCCGAAUCAACCUGUCCUGUGCAAUCUUUGUCACCCUGAAUCCCGGAUACAAAGGACGUGUGGAACUCCCAGAUAACUUAAAAUCUCUGUUUCGCCCAGUGGUGAUGAUGGUACCCCACUAUCAACUUAUUGCUGAAAUAAUGCUGUUUGCAUCAGGUUUCAAAUAUGCAAAACCAUUGUCAGUCAAACUUAUUAACCUUUAUGAACUGACUAACAAGCAACUUUCACACCAGGAUCAUUAUGACUUCGGCAUGAGAGCUAUAAAGACAGUGCUACUUAUGGCUGGCCAAAAGAAACAGGAGUAUAGGUUGACCACCACUGAAGAGCUCUCUGAAAAGGAUGAAAUUUUGAUCAUCCUAUUGGCAGUGAAAGAAGCUAGUUUACCUAAGUUUCUCCCUGAAGAUAUCCCACUUUUUGAAAGCAUUCUAGCAGAUAUAUUCCCCAGACUUGUAGUUCCAAAGGAAAAUCAUCCAUAUUUGGAGAAAGCAAUAGAUAUGGUGGUAAACCAGCUAGGCUUACAACCUUGGCCAUCUCAGAAAAAGAAGGUUAUAGAGUUUUAUCAUCAAAUCCAGGCUUGUAUUGGUGUGAUGUUAGUAGGUCCCACAGGAGGAGGGAAGACUACAGUAAGAAACAUUUUAGAAAAAACUAUAAUGCUUUUACCAACGGUAUCUCCACCAAUGAAAUACAGAGGGUCUGUUAUGUUUUCAGGAAAAAGAGGGAAAAUAGAGACUUUCACUUUAAAUCCAAAAUGCAUUACUCUUGGUGAACUCUAUGGUCAAAUGGAUAUGAGUAGUAUGGAAUGGUCUGAUGGAUUAUUGUCAUCAUCAGUGAGAAGAUUUGUACAAUAUGGCUCUAAGAAGAAAGCAAAGACAGAUAUAGAGUCUGAACAAAAUGCGCAAUUUUGGGAUUUUUCUGACACUUACACACUCAAUCCUAAUGACAAAGAAGAGUUUGGUCAAGUAGAAGAUGAAGAUGAAAAAGAAUGUAAAUUUCAAGAGAGUCAAUAUAAAUCAAUUAGAGAGUGGCAGUGGAUAGUGUUUGAUGGUCCAGUUGACACUAUCUGGAUAGAAAACUUAAACACGGCACUAGAUGACAACAAAACCUUGUGCCUUGCUAACAGUGAGAGAAUCAUUUUAACUGAUGGCAUAAGGAUGAUUUUUGAAGUGGACAAUCUCUCUCAGGCCAGUCCUGCUACAAUCACUCGAUGUGCAAUGGUCUAUAUGGAUCCUGAUGAACUAGGAUGGAAGCCGUAUGUUAUGUCAUGGCUUGAAAAAGUUUCAAAACUUCUUCCACCACAUGGCAUAGCCAAUCUUGAAAGAUUGUUUGAAAAAAGUGUGGAAGAAGGUCUAUUGUUUUUAAGGUCUCAUAAUAAUGAACAGACAUUUUAUGUUCAUAGUAUAUCAAUUUUAAUCAAUCUAUGCAGGAUUCUUGAUUCUUUUUUUAAUUUCAUGGAAAAAAGUGGAGCCUUUGGUAAAUCUACUGAGUUGGAUCUAACUCCAGCAAAAAGGACAAUGAAAUAUUCUGUUCAAUAUAGACCUACAGAGCUUAAAGAAAAAAAAAGUAUGCCUUUCAAAAAACAAUUCAAUCGUGAAGAGUCAAAGUGGUUUCUCCAGAGAUAUCCUGAAAAAUUGUGCAUAAUGCUCGAUAAGAUUUUUGUAUUUGCAUUUACUUGGGCUUUUGGAGGAAUUUUGAAACGUGAAGAUGAACACGAAGAUGAUGUUCUGUUAGGUUCGGGGUAUGGAGUAGCAACCCUCCGGAAAACAACCUAUGAUUUUGACAACCUUGUUCAUGAAUUAUUUGAAGGAGAUCCACCAUAUGGCAUCCGCUUGCCAAUGGGAGAACGCUCUGUCUUUGGUUACUUUGUGGACUUACAGAGUUGUGAUUUCGUACCCUGGUCAGAAUUAAUUCCUCCUUCAGACAGUUUAAUGGAAAAAAAUUCAAAUUCUGGUUCAAACACAUCCCUGGAUAAUAUACUGAAGUUUAGUGACUCUAUAGAAUUUAAUCAUCAUUUUUCUACUAGAGAUACGGUGUCUUUCUCCUUUUUGAUGAGUUUUCUUAUCAAGAAUAGAUAUCCUAUACUAAUUGCAGGAGAGUCUGGUGUUGGAAAGACUGCUGUCAUUACCCAAAUGCUUGAGAGGCUUCAAGACUCAGGGGGACUAAAUAUAAGAGUUGGAACUAUUUUAGGAGAUGUUUUAAUGUAUAAGGAAAUGAAACAAUUAAGCAAGCCAGGAACUUUCAGCAUCUUACUUUCAAGCAACUUAAGUUCACCUUCUAGAGAAGGGUUUGGAGAAAAGUCAUAUUGGAGAAAAGAGGAAGAAGAGGAAACUGAACAAACUCAAGUGGAGGAAACGAUUAUUGGGUCCACAAUAAAAUUUAGUGCCAACACAACGGCUGCCAAAACUCAGGAGAUGAUUCUUAAGAAAUUAAUGCGAAAAACUAAAGAUAUUUAUGGAGCUCCAAAUUUUAGCCGGGUGCUAAUAUUUAUUGAUGAUCUGAAUACCCCAGUGCCAGAGCCAUAUGGGGCACAACCACCCUUGGAACUCAUCAGGCAAUUAUUAGAUUUAGAAGGAUUUUAUAAUACUGAACAACUUACAUGGAAGAAUGUUCAAGAUAUCUCUCUGGUUGCAGCUUGUGGUAUUCCACCUGGUGGGAAAACUGAUAUCAGUCCACGUCUCCUCAAACACUUUUUCAUACUAUUAAUGCCUCAUCCUCCACAAUUUGCCUUAUAUACUAUUCUCCAGGCUCAUCUGGGAAUACACUUACACCAAAAUUCCUUCCUCUCUGAUGUUCAGAAAUGUAGGCAGCAAUUGGCAGCUCUUUCCCUCUCUAUAUAUUAUAAUGUUUGCCAGAAUCUCUUACCAACCCCAGCUAAGUGUCACUACAUGUUUAGUGUCCGGGAUCUAUUUAAGCUCCUUCAUGGAUUAUUACAAGCUAACAAGGCUGUUGUUGUAUCUAAAGAAACUGUUGCCCUGUUCUUUGUACAUGAAGCAACCCGAGUAUUUCAUGAUCGCUUAAUUGAUUCUGAGGAAAGAAAUUUUUUUUUCAAGCUUCUUUCAAGUGAGCUAGAACUUUAUUUUGAGAUUAUAUGGCCCACAGACAAAAUAAUGCGUGACUUACCUUUGUAUGUGGAUUUUUUGGAUAUAAACAAAAUUCACAAAAGAAGGAUUUAUCAGAACUGCAGUAACCAAAGAAAAAUUGCAGAUGUACUUUCUGAAUUCCAGCUAUCACUGGGCUCAUCUGGUUUUGAGCUUUCAAAUUCAAUGGUGUUCUUCAAGGAAGCCACUGAACAUGUUUGCAGAGCUGCGAGAGUCCUUCGACAGCCAGGGGGCCACAUGUUCCUGAUUGGAAUAGAAGGAUGUGGAAAAGAAACAUGUGCCACCCUUGCCUCUUAUUUGGGAGAUUGCAAGCUCUACAAAUUAUCUUCAUCUACUAAUUAUGGCCACCUGGAAUUCAGAGAAGACUUAAAACAUGUCAGCACACUAACAGGGCUAGAAGGAAAACCUACUGUUUUGCUUAUUAUUGAUACACAUCUAAUUCAUGAGUCUGUUUUAGAAGAUUUGAACUCCAUUCUCAAUUCAGGAUCUAUGCCUGAACUAUUUGAAACUGAAGAGUUGGACAAUAUAUCAUUAGGACUCAGAACUCUCGCUGAAGAAUCCGGUUUUGAUGACAGUCAACAAGCUUUGUUUGUAUUCUUCCAAAAGAGAAUAGCAAAAAAUCUUCAUAUAUUUAUGACUGUAAGUCCUGCAGGACCUAAUUUCCGCCGAAAUUGUCGAGCAUAUCCAGCCUUAGUUACUUGCAGCACAGUGGACUGGUAUGAGAGGUGGCCGAAAGAAGCUCUUUUGACUGUAGCAAUGUCUCAUUUAAAGCAAAAACAUGGCCUGGAUACCAAAGAGGAAUUAAUACCAGCACUCGCCCAAACAUGUGUUCAGUUUCACCUUAGUGUCACUGAAAUAAAUGUCAAAUUUUGGAAGGAAACUAAAAGGCAUUAUUAUAUCACUCCAAGAAGCUACCUGCACUUUAUGGAUACCUUUACACACAUCUUGAAAAUAAGGGAAAAGAAAAUGUUAAUAAAAAGGGAUCGUUUUAACAACGGCCUUUCAAAGAUUCUGGAAGCGUCGUCUCUAAUUGCAAAAAUGCAUGAAGAACUUGUCAUCCUUGGUCCUCAAAUAGAAGAAAAAACUAAGGAAACAGAGAUCCUCAUGGAAAAAUUACAGAAAAAUUCACGAAUUGUGCAAAAAGUUCAGAUUCUUGUAAAGGAGGAUGAAGAACUGAUGGCACAGGAAAUACAAAUUGUAGAAGCGUAUGCUGAGAAAACACAAGAUGAGUUGAGUAAUGUGAUACCAGCUUUUGAAGAUGCAAUUGUGGCUUUGAAUGCCCUAGACAAAAGUGACAUAUCUGAAUUGAGAGUGUACACACAUCCGCCCUAUCUUGUACUGACUGUCAUGAAUGCAGUUUGUGUCCUUCUGGAGAAAAGACCUAGCUGGGCAAUUGCAAAACUACUCCUUGCUGAUCCUGGAUUCCUCAAAAAAUUGACUAACCUGGAUAAGGAUAGCAUACCUGAAAAGGCAUUUGUAAAACUGAAAAAAUAUUUAAAUUUACCUGAUUUCAACCCAAAGAAGAUUGCUCUUGUUUCUGUGGCCUGUUGUUCCAUGUGCCAGUGGGUAAUAGCUUUAAAUAAUUACCAUGAAGUACGGAAGAUGUUACAACCAAAACAACAGCAAGUAGCUGAGGCUCAAAAAGUACUCCAGAUUGGUCGAGAAAAGCUGUUAGAAAAACAGAAGGGUUUAGAAUUGAUUGAAGGUCAUUUGCAAGCUUUACAACUUGCCUACCAUGACAAUGUUGAGGAAAAAGAAUAUCUAGCAGAUCGUAGACAACUAACAACUAAGCGCUUACAUAGUGCCAAUAAUUUACUAUCAGCUCUCGAAGAUGAGAAGAGUCGAUGGGAAGAAACAGUGACCUCACUAGACCAGCGGUUGGAAGGAAUUGUGGGAGAUAUACUUAUUUCGGCAGCAUGUAUUGUCUACAGUGGAGUGUUCCCAACUGAGUACCGCCAGUUAAUUCUGAAUGAAUGGGAAAAAAUCUGUACUGAAAACAACAUUUCUAAAUCUUCACAAUUUUCUUUAAUUGAUGUCAUGGGAAAUAAACAUGAGACGCGCCACUGGCAUAAUCAAGGUUUACCCCUUGGUCAGUAUUCAAUAGAAAAUGCUAUCUUGCUUAAGAAUGGACUGCAGUGGCCUCUGCUAAUUGAUCCACAUAAACAAGCCUACAAUUGGCUACACCAGAUGGAAGGUGGAAGACUUCAGGAAAUCCAUAUUUCUGAAACGAAUUAUGUUAAAAUAAUUGAAAAUGCAAUGAAAACUGGAGGAUGUAUUCUCUUACAGAAUCUUCCUGAAACAUUAGAUCCAAGUUUAAAAUCCAUCUUAAAAAAAGACAUCUAUCACAAAAGAGGACAACCUUUUAUCAAGAUUGAUGAAAAUGAGAUUGAAUACAAUUACAACUUUAGGUUAUAUAUAACAACAGAAAUAGCCAACCCACAUUUUCUUCCAUCUGUUUAUAAUUACGUUACCAUGAUCAACUUCACAGUGACAUUCCAAGGUUUGCAGGACCAGCUUUUGUCCACCGUUGUGAUUCAAGAAGUCCCUCACUUAGAAUAUCAGCGUUAUAAAUUGUUAGAGAACAUUUCUGCUGACCUUUUAACUCUCCGGGAACUAGAGGAAAAAUCACUGAGUUUAUUGCAAAAAACACAAGGUUGUAUAUUAGAUGAUGAUUCCAUUAUAGAAAACUUAAAAAAAUCCAAAGUUACAUCCAUGGAAGUUAAAGAACGCAUCCAGGCAGCAGAAAAAACUGAAAUGGAAUUUCAAAGCACCCGCCAAAACUAUCUUCCCAUCGCAACUCGUGGUGCUUUGCUCUAUUUUUUAGUAGCAGAUCUGGCACAGCUCAACUAUAUGUACCAAUUUUCUCUGGACUGGUUCAGGGAGAUGUUUGUGACAUCUUUAAGUUUCAGUAAUAGGACUGAUGAAGACGAUCAGUUUACUUUGACUUCAAGAAGAGCAGAAAUGUUUCAGAAACUACAUAAGUACCAAGAUAAAAAGCCUGAUCCUCAAACGGACCGAGAACGCUUUGACAAUUAUAUUGAGGAUUUAGUCGACGUAUUGACACAAAGCAUUUAUAAGGUUGUUUCUUCAGCACUAUUUGUGAAAAACAAACUUUGCUUCUCCUUUCGACUUUGCACCUCAAUCCUGCAAAAUGAUUGUAAUGAAACUCAAAUGCAAAAUAGUACAGAAUGUUUGCGGGAGGAAGAAUGGAACAUCUUCUUGUACUCUAGCAUACUGAUAAAUAUUGAAGAGAAAUCAAGUGAAGCUUUCAUUGAAUUCAGAAAAUCCAAGCAUCUUUUCUGGCUUUCUGAAUCCCGGUGGAAAGAGUGUGAAUUGGUCAGCCAUCACGUGAAACCAUUUUCUCUUUUAUGUCAAUCUCUUUUAUCAAAUAAACAUCAAUGGAAUUAUUUUAUGGAUGUUAUCGGUACAUAUGAACAUUUGAGCAUACCUUAUACAUCACAAGAAGAUCUUAAUCCAGAAAAUGACUCAGAAGACCAGCCUCCUAUAAUCUUUCCCUGGGAGGAUCUCACUUCAUUUCAAAGACUUAUAUUGAUAAAAAUCCUUAAGUCAGAAUCUUUAAAUGAAUCAGUGAGAAAAUUUGUUACUGAAAAAUUGGGACGUAAUUAUCUUCCUACUGCUGGUGUUAAUAUAAAAGAAGUAUACAGCGAAUCUAAUUGCAAAAUUCCCCUGAUAUUCAUCCAUUCUCAUGGAAUGGACCCAACUACUCUCCUGAUGAGAUUUGCACAGGAGAUUAGAGGAAGUACAGAUCAUAUAAACAUGAUUUCUUUGGGACGUGGCCAGGCUGCUAAAGCAGAAGAAAUUAUAUACAAGGCAAAACUAAUGAAGGGCCAGUGGGUCUUCCUUCAGAACUGCCAUCUUGCUGCAUCUUUUAUGCCAAGACUUUGUGCAAUUGUAGAUUUAUUUGAUCAUGGUUCAAAACUAGACAACGAUUUUAGAUUAUGGUUAAGCUCAAAACCAGACACUUCCUUCCCCUUAGCCAUUCUGCAAAAGAGUUUGAAGAUAACAGUAGAAUCUCCCCAGAGUGUGAAGGCAAAUCUCCUUCAGUCAUUUGGGUAUCAUGGCAGUGGAGAGAUAACAGAAGUGAUCUUUGGUAAUGAUCAGUGUGGACCAUCGUGGAAAAAACUUUUAUUCAGCCUCUCUUUCUUCAAUGCUGUAGUCAAUGAAAGAAAAAAGUAUGGAACAUUAGGCUGGAAUAUUCCUUAUGAAUUUAGUACAUCAGACUUGGAGGUCACCAUCAAAGUGUUGGGAAUUCUCAUGAAAGAUAAGAUAUUCAUUCCUUGGGAAGCAAUAUAUUACUUGACAGGAGAAAUAAUUUAUGGAGGUCGAGUGACAGAUCCUUGGGAUAGGCUCUCCUUAAUGGCUCUUCUACAAAAGUUUUGUAAUCCUGACGUAUUGAAGAAGAACUUCAGUUAUACUUCUGAUGGGGAGUAUAAACUUAUACCUGAUCAUUUCAACCUAAAUGAAUGUACAGAGUACAUAGAAUCCCUCCCAGACAGUGAACCACCCGAAGUCCUUGGAAUGCACCAACAAGCUUCAAGGAUUUAUCAGCAAUCCCUGGCCAAAGAGCUGAUUGAAAGCAUCAUCUCAAUGCAACCAAGAAUUGCUAUUGCCAACAUAAUCACAGGGAGUGGAAAGAGCCAAGAGGACCUGUUGCUAGAACUCAUAGCUGAUAUGCUCAAGCGUGUGCCUCUGACUGUAGAAAGGGAGCCACAGGAUAAUGAAAUGAAAGAUAUCAUUCCAACCACAUUGUUAAGCAUGCUCGCAAGUUCCAUCUGGAAAAGGCUUAAUCAAAGUGUUCAAGAUUACGAUCCCCUCCUUAAUUCUGCCUUAAUAACAUUCCUAAGUCAAGAAAUUGUUCGAUUUAAUAAGUUAUUAGCCUUGAUCCACCAAUCUCUGAAAGACCUCCAGAAUGCUGUCAAAGGUGAAGCUGCCUUCAACCAGAAACUGGAGGAUGUCUGUGAUUGUCUCAUUAAUAACAAGGUGCCUGACUUAUGGCAGACUUCUUCCUUUAGUACUGGAAAGCUGUUGUCUUCCUGGAUCACCUUUCUCAUCCAGCGACUGGAUUUCAUCAGGAAAUGGGCAAAACUGGCCUACGAUGCUAUACAACAUCGGUAUUCUAAACUGACUUCAGCUUGGAAGCGCUUCUUUCCAUUUCGGGGAAAACAAUACGGAAAUGAAGAAGAAAAAGUCCGAGUUGUUAGCUCUUUUCCCUCCCGAUUCUGGCUUCCAGCUUUCUUCUUCCCACAAGGUUUCUUUAUGGCUGUACUGCAGAAUUAUGCAAGAUCCAAAAAAAUCUCUGUGGAUUCUGUUAAUUUUAUGCAUCAGAUAGUCAGUGAUUCCAAGGAUGAAACAUACUUCAGAGGUCUCACAUUUGAAGAGAAGAUACUGAAGAGAUCUUUUAGGAACCUUAACCCUGACCAAGUUGGAGUUAUUGUUAUUGGGUUACAUAUGGAGGGGGCAAAAUGGAACUCACAAGAGCAACAUUUGGAUGAUCCAGCAAUUCGAGAAAGAUAUUUCGAUGUUCCAGAAAUACUAUUUUUGCCUUUCAAGAUUGGUUCCACAACUCAUGCUUUCUGGGAGAUGAACAAAAAAAGUCUUUAUGAAUGUCCGAUUUACCGCACUCCUCAAAGGAUUGAAACAGGGGACACUUCGAGCAUGUUCACCAACUACAUAACGUCAGUGUUCUUGAAAACAAAGCAGCCUCCCAGUCACUGGGUGACAAGAAGGGUGGCAUGUAUAUGUGAACUCAAUGAAUGAAAGGAAAACUUCCUAUUUAUAAAGGAUCUCACAUCUGAGAAGAAGAGCCAGAUCAAUGCCUGAAAUAGACAUUGUAUGCUAGAAAGUAGGUCUUGAGCAUCUUCAAUAAAUAUUUAUCACAUACA